AUGCAAACCGACCCUUCACUUUAUCCCUCCUCCAAAGCCCCUAACCUCACCACGACACGGAAGCCAGAAAGGAAGAUUGUAUCCAAUCACUUCUGGCCGAAAUUCCCCCUGACGGCCGAGCAGUGCCGAAACGUGACCUUUGUGACCACCGCGAGCAACGGAAGACUGGGGAAUCGGAUCGGCGAGUACAUUACUCUCUUCUCCUACGGGCGACGAUACCGGAAGAUCCCCGUGGUCAUCGGCGACCUCCUGGAGGAACUCCGCCCGCUCUUCCCACAGCUCCGUCUCGCGUCGUUUAACGAGACCGGGUGCCUCGCACGGCGUUGGUCCUACGCCGGAAUCGACGCUUACGGCCAGGUCAUGAAGCCCUGGAACCAGACGGAAUUCGUCGAGAAGAGGGACGUCUGCCUCUACGCUUACCCGAUCGAUUUUGCACUUUUCCACCAAUAUAGAGACGAUUGGAUUCCGGAUUUUACGUUCAACUCGUUGCUGGUGAAACAAGUGCAAAGCUUUCUAACGGCCGUCUCCAUCCAGUACGGACGAAAUCUGACCUACGUCGGGAUCCACGUCCGUCUCACCGAUCAGACGAAGGCCUACCACGAUAAAUUCGGGGCGGAUCCCCUGUCGCCCGAGUACUUCCGACGGGCGAUGAACCUCUUCGGGCUCAUGUUCCCCAGGGUCGUGUUCGUUCUCGCCAGCGACGACAUCGGAUGGUGCAAGCGAAACGUGAGGAGCUUCAGUAAGAACCUGCCGAUUGUUCCCCAGGGUCGUGUUCGUUCUCGCCAGCGACGACAUCGGAUGGUGCAAGCGAAACGUGAGGAGCUUCAGUAA